ACGAAAGCAGCAAGAAACCGAACGUGCGACUUUCAACGCAAUCGCGACACACAAAAAAUAAAGGCAGCAGCGUCGCUCUGUCGACAAAAAAAGAUCGCGUAUAUAAACAAGGGGCAGCCGCUCAGUUGCCACAAACGUGCAAGAGCUGCACAAGUGACAACAUCGCGAGAUCUCCGUAAACAACAGUCAACAAAUAAUAAAGUAUUAUAAAACGCAAUUUAAUUACACCGGUACAUUCAAAUAAGAGCAGACUAAGUUUUUGAAUCAAAAUGCAGUCGGUGACAAAACAAACGCUGCGCUCGUUGCCGCAAAUGGGCAAACAAGUGAGCUAUUUAUCGACAAGCAGCGCCUGGCGGUCAGCGGUAGGUGGCAACGAUAGUGUUGUGGAGAUUAAGGAGAUGAAGAAAACACCAUCCGAGAAAUUGAUGGCCUUUCAGAAGAAGCUGCGCGCGAAGACACCGUUGGGCAAACUGGAUGAAUUCUCACGUCAUCCAUAUCAGGAGACGGAGCCGCUGAAGCCCUGGCCAAAUCAAACAAAUCCGUAUACGGGCGAAAUUGGCGGCCCCGCAGGACCGGAGCCGACACGCUACGGUGACUGGGAGCGCAAGGGUCGUGUCUCAGAUUUCUAGUCAGCUCCCCCUAUCAAUCCCCAAAAAAAUUCGAUCUGUGCCUGUUUAGAUCGUAGAUCGUAGGAUGCUAUUUUGUCAAAUGCUAGAUUUAAGGCCAAAACAAAAAUCAAAAAAACACAAAAUUUGUAUACUAAAUGCAUAAUUAUAAAAUAUAUAAAUAGAAAUAUUAAGCGAAACCAAGCCAUACAUAAUUGCA